GGGGCGCGUCUGGCUGCACUCGGAAGCGCAGCGCGGCGGGCUCGGGUCAUGCGGUGCCCGCGGCUGCUCCCGGGGCUGCUGCUGCCGCUGCUGCUGCCGCGCCCCACGCGGGCUCCGGCCGUGGGCGCCGCGCCCUUCGCGCCCACCUGGGAGUCGCUGGACGCGCGCCCGCUGCCCGAGUGGUUCGACCAGGCCAAGUUCGGCGUCUUCAUCCACUGGGGCGUGUACUCCGUGCCCAGCUUCGGCAGCGAGUGGUUCUGGUGGUAUUGGCAAAACCAAAAGAUACCAAAAUACGUGGCUUUUAUGAAAGAUAAUUACCCCCCGGAUUUUAAAUACGUAGAUUUUGGACCACUCUUUACUGCAAAAUUCUUUAAUGCCAGCCAGUGGGCAGAUAUUCUUCAGGCCUCUGGUGCCAAGUAUGUCGUCUUGACCUCCAAACAUCACGAAGGCUUCACCUUGUGGGGUUCUGAGUAUUCCUGGAACUGGAACGCUGUAGAUGAGGGGCCGAAGAGGGACGUUGUCAAGGAGCUCGAGCUGGCUGUUAGGAAGGAAACCAACUUGCACUUUGGACUGUACUAUUCCCUUUUUGAAUGGUUUCAUCCACUGUUUCUUGAGGAUAAAUCCAGUUCCUUCCAUGCGCAAAAAUUUCCAACUGCUAAGAUGCUGCCAGAGCUCUAUGAGUUAGUGAACAAGUACCAGCCCGAGGUCCUGUGGGCCGAUGGAGAUGGGGGUGCCCCGGAUUCCUACUGGAACAGCACUGGCUUCUUAGCCUGGCUCUAUAAUGAAAGCCCCGUUCGGGACACGGUGGUCACCAACGAUCGCUGGGGAGACGGCUGCAUCUGUAAACACGGCGGCUACUACACCUGUGCUGAUCGCUUCCGCCCGGGGCACCUGCUGUUACAUAAGUGGGAAAACUGCAUGACAAUAGACAAGUUUUCCUGGGGCUACAGGAGGGACGCAGGAAUCACUGAUUAUCUUACGAUUGAAGAACUGGUGAAGCAACUUGUGGAAACGGUUGCCUAUGGAGGAAAUCUUCUGAUGAAUAUUGGGCCCACGCUAGAUGGCACCAUUUCUGCAGUCUUUGAGGAGCGGUUAAGACAAAUGGGGGCCUGGUUAAAAGUGAAUGGGGAAGCCAUUUAUGGAACCCACCCUUGGCGAUUCCAGAAUGACACUUUCACCCCAAAUAUGUGGUAUACAUCUAAGCCGAAGGAAAACUUAGUCUAUGCCAUUUUCUUUAAAUGGCCCAUUUCAGGACAGCUGGUUCUUGCCCAGCCGGAUGCUCUUCCAGGGCGUACAGAGGUAAAACUCCUGGGACAUGGAGCGCCACUCUCCUGGACUUCAUUGAAGCCAAGUGGCGUGACGGUGCAGUUGCCACAGCUAAGCAUUCAUCAGCUGCCCAGCAGAUGGGGCUGGGCCCUCAAACUAACGAACAUGAUCUGAUGUGCAGCCGGAGGCCGUGCUGCAGUUACCUUUAAACUUGGAAAUGUCAGGUUUCUAGAACUGUACUGCAAGGAGAAUUACAAGUGAAUGUAAACUGAUCAAUAAAAGAAUCAAGUGAUUACUUGGGAAAA